GCCGCUGGGGAGGGCGCGCGGCGCGGGCGGGCGCGGGGCGGGGAGGGCGCUCCGGACGGCGAGGGGAUGCGGGCGGCCGCAUGGAGUUCCCGGGCCACGGCGGGCGGCUGCUGGGCCGCCUGAGGCAGCAGCGCGCGCUGGGCUUCCUGUGCGACUGCACCGUGCAGGUGGGCGCCGCACGCUUCCCGGCGCACCGCGCCGUGCUGGCCGCCUGCAGCGCCCACUUCCGCCUCUGCCUCCGCGACCGGCCGGCCGGCGGCCGCCACGUGCGGCUCGGCGGCGGCGUCACGGCGCCCGCCUUCGCGCGGCUGCUGGACUUCAUGUACGAGGGCCGCCUGGACCUGCGCGGGCUGCCCGUCGAGGACGUGCUGGCCGCCGCCCGCUACCUGCACAUGGACGACGUGGUCAGCGCCUGCCGGGGCCGCCUCCGGGGCCAGGCCCGCGCGCCCCCGCCCCCGGGGACCCCCGCGCCCGCCGCCGAGCCCGCGCGCUCGCCGCCCCGGCCCCUGCCCGCCGGGACCCCCGAGCUCCGCGCCGCCGCCCCCAAGCCCCGGCCCCCCGGGACCGCGCUCAGGGCCGCCCUCCCCCCGGGGGCGCGCGGGCUCCCUCCCUGGCAGGCCCCGGGGGAGCCGGACCGCGCCCUGGACCUGUCGCUGAAGCCCGGCCGGAGGCGGGAGCCCGGCCGCCCUGCGGUCCUCCAGGCCCCGCCCUGCGGCCCGAGGCAGCGGGGGGCCGGGCCCCCGGUGGGGGGCCAGCAGGACUCCCCGGCCUCGUCGGGGCCGGCCGGCGUGGGCCCCCUGAGCGCCCCCGGACUCCCGCAGUCCCCCCGCGUCCCCGCAGCCCGGCGCCUGGCGGGGGGCCUGGAGCCGCUGCCCGCGGGGCUGGGGCUGGGCGGCCCGGGCCCGGAGCGGGAGGCCGCGGGGGACGCGCCCGGCGGCCGCCCGGGCACCUGCCCGCUGUGCGGCCAGCCCCUCCCCGGCGCCCACGCGCUGCAGCGGCACCUGAGCGCCCACUUCCGCGAGCGGGACGCCCGGCCCGCGCCCGGCUUGGCGCCCACCUGCGCGCUCUGCGGGAAGGCCUUCUCCUGCGCCUACACGCUCCGGCGCCACGAGCGCACGCACUCGGGCGAGAAGCCGUUCGCGUGCGGCCAGUGCGGCAAGCGCUUCCAGUACGCGCACAACCUGCGCCGCCACGCCGUGGUGCACACGCGCGAGAAGCCGCACGCCUGCCGCACGUGCGCGCGCCGCUUCACGCAGUCCGGAGACCUGUACCGCCACGUGCGCAAGUUCCACGGCGGCCUGCCGUGAUGCUCCGGCCGCUGUGACUGCCGCCGUGACCGGGCCGCCGCGGGCCUGCCGUGACCGCCGCCGUGACCGGGCCGCCGUGACUGCUCCAGCUGCUGCGGGCCUGCUGUGACCGCCGCCGUGAACCGCCGCCGCGGGCCUGGGCAGCACUGGGUGCUGUGUAAGGGCCCCGAGGCUGACCCCUGCGCCCACCUGGUACCCUGUCUGCGACACUGGCUCCUUCCUUCCAGGUCUGGGGGUGUCACAAGCCCCCCACCCCGAACUGGCCCGGGCACCUCACGUGGGGCAGUCCAUGUGCCCUGCCUUGGGGUCCCCCCUGGCCUCCUUAGGGGGCCCUUGUGCAUCGGGCCCCACGUGGCGAAGGAUGCCCAUUACAGAAGCUGCCAGCGAGGCCCCUGCGGCCGUGCCUCUUCUCGCCGGAGCACAGGGUCCAGGGCCUGGCCUCCCGGCAGCCGCCGCCGCUGGGCCAUCUGCUCACCCCCAGAGGCUGGUCACUUCCAGAGCACAGAGAGUGGCGAGGCUGCGCCCACCUGGGGCAGGGUCCCAGCCCCUCCCCACCCCUGUAGACGAUGCUGUGUCUGCGGCUGCCUGAGGCCGCCCUCCCUGCCUGCCCGCCUGCUGGCGGGACACCUGCUGCUGCUGGGACCCUGGCCCUGGCGGCUGCAGCCCCAGGCUCCGUCCUGCGGGCGGUGGAGCCGCCUGGACUCCGGUUCCCGGGCCGCGGGCUGUGCUGCUGGGGUGGACGUGGAGGCACAGCCCACAGCCCCUCAGCUCUAAGUUAUUCUCCCUCCUAUUUAUUCGUCUUCCCGGUCUCGACAGAGCCCGCCCCCCUGCCGGCCCCGCGCCCGUGUGGCACCCCGGGUGGCUGGCCUCCGCUGGCGCCUAGUGGCGGGGACCAGGGACGGGGUGACCGCCCUGCCCAGCCCCUCCCCUGCGGAAAGGCCAGUGUGUGCCCACGGGUGUGACGUGCUCCGUGACCCGGUUCCCCUGUGUGUGUGGGGAGGGUGCCCAUGUAUGGGGUGUACAUGUGUGUGUACGUGUGUGUGGUCAUGUUAGCCCGCCAGCAGCGAGGCGGCUGGGGAGGGGCAGGGCCUGGUUCCCGGUUCCCGAGGGAGAAAGGUGCUUUCUGGGCGGGAAGGGCCCUGAGGGUCAGCCAUGGCCCCCGGUCCCCUGCUGCCCUCACUGUGCCGAUGAGCUGUGUUUGUGUUUACGUGUAAGACGUUGGGCGUGUGGGAGUGCGGCGGAGGCGUGUCUGGGGUGGCACCUGCUGUGGGGUCACCCCGGAGGGGCCGGGCACCCGCUGGCGGGAGGUUUGGCUGCACACACGCCCGUCUGCGCGUCCGUCCUGUCUCCGCGUCCGUCCUUGUCUGUGGUGACCGUGUCAAUAAAGCCCACCGUGGAGACCUC